GUUUGGAGGUAGGCAGGGAUGUUUCCCUAAGUACAUUUAAUAGAACAGUUAAAGGAUUUUUGCUUUCCUUUCCUUCCCUAUUACAUCUUCCAUUAGGCGAUUUCAGGACAGCUGGUAGUAUCCACUGUACUUUGUAGCUGCCCCUCUAAAUUGAGAUUCUUCCUUGGGACAACCAUAUAAAAGUUGUCUUUGAGCAUAAGACUUUUAUUAAGAGUAGGGGUGAGGGAAGAUAAGGCUAAGAGAGAAAGGCUUACCAUUUCUUUACUUGGUUUUAGGACAUGGCUUACCUAAUGGUAGAAAAAUUGGCUGACAAGAGCGAGCGGUGAGGAGUGAUGGGCUCAAUCCAUCUCUUUUUAUGUUUUUGAAGUUAUGAAUCUUUUGGGGAGAGUUCUAAACAUGCAGUAUCAAUGCUGAUGGGAUAAGAUCCAAUAUGAAUGUGAAUGAUGUUGGAGGAAGACGACGCUUUGAGGACAGUGAACAUACAUUACAUAUUUAUCCUGGGACAAUUUCAGAAGGCACCAUCUACUGUCCGGUCCCAGCCAGAAAAAACUCAAGUGCUGCUGAGGUGAUAGAUGCUCUUAUUAAUAGACUUAAGCUUGACAAAACAAAAUGUUAUGUUCUAGCCGAAGUGAAAGAAUUUGGUGGGGAAGAAUGGAUACUCAAUCCAACAGACUGUCCGGUUCAGCGAAUGAUGAUGUGGCCACGGAUGGCCUUAGAAAACAAGUUGAGUGGAGAGGAUUACCGAUUCCUUUUGAGAGAGAAAAAUCUCGAUGGCUCAAUUCAUUAUGGCAGUCUUCAGUCAUGGCUCCGUGUUACAGAAGAGCGUCGGAGGAUGAUGGAACGAGGUUUCCUUCCCCAGCCACAGCAAAAGGAUUAUGAUGAUUUAUGUAGUUUACCUGAUUUAAAUGAGAAAACACUUCUGGAAAACCUCCGAAACCGCUUUAAGCAAGAAAAAAUUUAUACUUAUGUUGGUAGCAUUCUAAUAGUCAUUAAUCCAUUUAAAUUUCUUCCUAUUUACAAUCCUAAAUAUGUCAAAAUGUAUGAUAAUCAUCAACUGGGAAAGCUUGAACCCCACAUUUAUGCUGUGGCAGAUGUAGCUUAUCAUGCUAUGCUUCAGCGCAAAAAGAACCAGUGCAUUGUUAUUUCAGGGGAAAGUGGUUCUGGGAAGACACAGAGUACAAACUUUCUCAUUCACCAUCUUACAGCUCUUAGCCAGAAGGGAUUUGCCAGUGGAGUAGAACAGAUAAUUCUUGGAGCUGGACCAGUACUUGAGGCUUUUGGAAAUGCAAAGACAGCACAUAAUAACAACUCAAGUCGCUUUGGCAAAUUUAUUCAAGUAAAUUACCAGGAGACAGGAACUGUUCGAGGAGCUUAUGUUGAAAAAUAUCUGUUAGAGAAAUCUAGACUCGUCUAUCAAGAACACAAUGAGCGGAACUACCAUGUGUUCUAUUACUUACUGGCAGGAGCAAGUGAAGAGGAGAGGGCAGCAUUCCACCUUAAGCAGCCUGAGGAGUAUCAUUACCUCAACCAGAUGACAAAGAAACCCCUCAGACAGAGCUGGGAUGAUUAUUACUAUGACUCUGAGCCGCAGGAUUGUUCAUCUGUUGAUGGAGAAGAUUUGAAGCAUGAUUUUGAACGACUACAGCUGGCAAUGGAAAUGGUGGGAUUUCUUCCCAAGACUCGUAGACAGAUUUUCUCUCUUCUCUCAGCAAUAUUACAUUUGGGUAAUAUCUGUUACAAAAAGAAGACAUAUCGAGAUGAUUCCAUAGAUAUCUGUAAUCCUGAAAUAUUGCCAAUUGUUUCAGAAUUACUAGAAGUGAAAGAAGAGAUGCUAUUUGAAGCAUUGGUUACUAGGAAGACUGUGACUGUGGGUGAGAAGCUUAUUUUACCAUAUAAACAGGCAGAGGCUGUGACUGUCAGAAACUCCAUGGCAAAAUCUUUAUAUAGUGCCCUUUUUGACUGGAUAGUUUUUCGAAUUAACCAUGCACUUUUGAACACCAAGGAUUUGGAAGAGAAUACCAAGACGUUGUCCAUUGGAGUACUCGAUAUAUUUGGAUUUGAAGAUUAUGAAAGCAACAGCUUUGAACAAUUUUGUAUUAACUUUGCUAAUGAACGUUUGCAGCACUACUUUAAUCAACAUAUCUUUAAACUAGAGCAGGAGGAAUAUAGAACUGAAGGUAUCAGCUGGCACAACAUAGACUAUAUUGAUAAUAGUGGCUGCAUAAAUCUCAUUAGCAAGAAACCAACAGGACUCCUUCACCUGCUGGACGAAGAAAGCAAUUUUCCGCAAGCUACAAACCAGACGUUAUUGGACAAGUUCAAGCACCAGCAUGAGGGGAAUUCUUAUAUUGAAUUUCCAGCAGUGAUGGAGCCUGCCUUUAUCAUAAAGCAUUAUGCUGGAAAAGUGAAGUAUGGUGUAAAGGAUUUCCGAGAGAAAAAUACAGAUCACAUGCGUCCAGAUAUUGUAGCUCUUCUACGAAGUAGCAAAAAUGCCUUUAUUUGUGGAAUGAUAGGAAUUGAUCCAGUGGCUGUUUUUCGCUGGGCAGUUCUUCGAGCUUUUUUUAGAGCCCUAGUUGCAUUCAGGGAGGCUGGAAAGAGAUAUGUUCAAAAGAAAAUUGGGAAUGAUGAUGCAGUACCAUGUGCAGUUUUGAAAAGUGUGGAUAGUUUUAGCUUUCUCCAUCACCCAGUUCAUCAGAGGAGCUUAGAGAUUCUUCAGAGAUGCAAGGAGGAGAAGUACAGUAUAACUAGGAAAAGCCCCAGAACACCUCUUUCUGAUCUUCAAGGCGUGAACACUUUUAAUGAGAAAAGCCAACGUGAUACAUUUGGCAUUGACUGGAGUGGCAGAACUGGCAUCAGACAGAGCAGAUUGUCAAGUUCUAGCUCCUUACUGGAUAAAGAUGGAAUAUUUAUUAAUUCAACUAACAGCAAGCUUCUGGAGAGGGCGCAUGGCAUUCUCAUGAGAAAUAAGAACUUUAAACCUAAACCUGCUCUUCCAAAGCACUUGCUAGAGGUAAAGUCUUUAAAGCACCUGACCAACCUGACUCUGCAGGAUCGCAUUACUAAGUCUCUCCUUCAUCUGCACAAGAAGAAGAAGCCUCCUAGCAUAAGUGCCCAGUUUCAGGUAUCCCUGAACAAAUUGAUGGCUACACUUGGUCAAGCAGAACCAUAUUUUGUCAAGUGCAUUCGGUCUAAUGCUGAAAAGCUUCCUUUAAGAUUCAGUGAUCCAUUGGUACUUAGACAACUGCGUUACACAGGGAUGCUGGAAACAGUUCGAAUUCGGCAAUCAGGAUACAGCUGCAGAUAUUCUUUCCAGGAUUUUGUGGACCAUUUCCAUGUUCUUCUCCAGCGUGACACUGUUCCUUCAAAAUAUAACAUCCAAGAUUUCUUCAGGAAAAUAAAGCUUAGUCCUGAUAAUUAUCAAGUUGGAAAAUCCAUGGUGUUCCUUAAAGAACGGGAGCGGCAGCACUUACAAGACUUGCUGCAUCAAGAAGUGCUCCAGCGGAUCAUACUAUUGCAGCGAUGGUUCCGGGCCGUGCUUUCUAGACAACAUUUCCUCCAUAUGAGACAAGCGGUCAUUAUCCUGCAGCGAGCUUGGCGAAAUUACUUGUGUGAGAAGCAUGGUGAAGGCAGAGCUGUCCAAGAUGAUGCACUGGUUGUGAAUAAUGCCGCAACUGUUCUCCAGGCUGCUUGGCGGGCUUACUGGGGGAGGCAAAAAUACCUGCAGAUACGAACCGCAGCCUCCAUCAUUCAAGAGACUUGGCGGGAUUACUGCAGACGAAGGCAUGCUGCAGCUACCUGCAUACAGGCAAGAUGGAGAGGCUACUGGAAAAGCAAACUGUACAAGGAACAAAGAAACAAAAUUAUCCUGUUACAGGCAGCGUGCCGAGGAUUCAGAGCUAGGCAAAGAUUUAGAUCUUUGAAAGAACAACGAUUAAAAGAAGCUAAAUUGAAAAACGGAUUAGCUAUUAAAGAAAAUAAUCUAGAAAUUUGGGGUUCAGACCCUUCCAAAUGGGAAGAUGGAUCAUUUGAAGAAAGAAUGAAAGCUGUAGAAGAAUACAAAUAUGUGAUAGAAAAUAAUCGAAUCAGCCAUAGCAAUUCAGUGGACAUCUCUGGAGAUUUAGCAUGCAAAGGACAGGAAAAGACUAUUAGCCAAAGUACCAUAGAUUUGGAGCAAGAUGUAAUUGUAAGACAGAGGCGCAAGUCAUUGGAGGACCUUAGUCCAAAAAAAGUAGGACGGGCAAAAAGAGAGAGUCGCAGAAUGCGUGAGUUGGAGCAAGCAAUAUUUAGUUUGGAAUUGCUGAAGGUACGGGGUGGAAUGUCUCCUUCAGAAGAGCGUAGAUGGUCCACAGAAUUGAUUUCUGAGGGCCUACAAUCAUCACAAGGAACCCCUGAGAGUGAAAGUUCUCAGGGGAGCUUGGAACUCUUGAGUUUUGAGGACAAUCCAAAAAACAAACUAGAGGCAGUGUUUUCAAAUGAGGGAGACUUACAGAUCCCUUCAUCUAAGGCACAGAAAGCUUUACCCUGUGAUCCAAAUUUUGAUUUACAAAAAAAUGUCCCCAUCAUAUCAGAUGAGAGUAGUAGUUUAUUAAUUAGAAAGAGGACACCUUCCAGUUCAGAGUUUUCAGAGAACGUUGUCAUAAAAGACAGGAUGGACUGUGAUUCUCAGACCAUUACCUGUAAGCCACAAUUCAGAGAGCCCUUCAUCCCAAAUAGCCUUCCAACAUUCUAUAUACCCCCACAAGAUCACACAAAAGUAAGCUCUGAACUUGGGGCAAGUACUUUGAAAAACAUAAUUUUGGAAAGUGAAGAAAAGCCAGAGAUAGCUUUUACCUUGGACACAAACAAAGAAAGCAGAAAAUGCCACUUGGUUGAGGAAAGCAGAACAGCUGCUACUGCUUCCAUGAAAAAUACUUACUUUUCUAAUACUGUGCUUAAGAAGUUAGAAAGACUAAACAUGGAAAAAGAAGAAAGACAAAAGCAGUUGCAGCAGCAAAAUGAAAAGGAAAUGAUGGAACAGAUUCGUCAACAGAAGGACAUUCUGGAAAAGGAGCGAAAAGCCUUCCAAAAUUUAGAGACACCAUGGAAAACAGGAGAGUCUUUGCUAACAAGAUCUAUCAGGCCAUCAAAGCAAACAAUUGAAAGGCCACAGUCUCUCUUCAUAAAUCCUACAAACAAGGAAGAACGGAAUGUUCCAGGACCUUUGUCUGUAACUAUUAAAGGUCUCACUGUUACUCCAAAAGGAAAUACUCCUGAUCAGCCAGUUCAAAAGGACCGGCCUGUCAGUAUGUUCUUUGAAGAUCAAGAAAGCCAAAGGCAACCCGGUCUUUCACAGGUCAGGACUGAUGGGUGGAAGACUAAACUGAAUGGAACUUCCCAGGAGCUGCAUUCCCAGGAAGGAAGGACCAAAGCUAUUUUCUUCACACCAAAAGAACAUUUGGGUCUCUCACAUAAGGAAUAUUUAAGCCAUGGAAAUAAUCAAUUCCACACAAGAGGUGAACCAUCUAGGAAGCCUAUGAAAUUGACUGGGCCCGGCAGAGGAGAGCAGGUUGCCAGACCGGCCCAUAAAAAGAAAGCUCGCAUGGCGCGGACGCGCUCCGAUUUCUUGACUAGAGGUACUUUUGCUGAUGGGGAGGGGGAUACAGAGGAAGAUGAUUACGAUGACAUUAUUGAGCCCCUUCUAUCCCCUCACCAAGCUUCUCACCCUGAGCCAGGGCCUUCAGCAAGCCUGGGGCAGGCCUAUCACAGUGACUCGGAAAUGACUUUGCAGCGUUUUGCUUCAGCAGAAGGCCAAACAAAGCUUCAUAAAACUAUGUCCCAGGGAGAGAUUACAGAGUUAACAGCUGUACAGAAGACUUCUGUUCCUGAUGGAAGACCUCAAAGAGCAAAGAUGAAAUUCUGGGCAAAAGGGAAACAUGGGGAUAAGAAGUCUUCUAGAGAAAAGCUUGCUACCCAGUCAGAGUUGUUAGAGUUUUCUGUUGAUUCAGAGACAGGGAGCAUUGAUAUGUUUUCUGCCCACCAUCAUCCUGAAGAAAUAGGGCUCCAUAACCCAACUCCCCCUAGGAGCCCAGAUCUAUCUGGAAACUUUAAGAAGGAAUUCAAAGAAAACAAAGACCCUUCUCCAAAGGCAAAGCGCAAGCGCAGUGUGAAAAUAACUAAUGUUGCACUGGAGUCUGUCCAGUGGCAAAAUGACUCUGUCCCAAUCAUAACAAGGGCCAGCGACUUGAAGAGCAUGGAUGAGUUUCUUCUUAAAAAGAUGAAUGACUUGGAUAAUGAGGACAGCAAGAAGGAUACAUUAGUGGAUGUUAUGUUUAAAAAAGCGCUGAAAGAAUUUAGGCAAAACAUCUUCAGCUCUUAUUCAUCUGCAUUGGCAAUGGAUGAAGGGAAAAGCAUCCGGUACAAAGAUCUGUAUGCACUGUUUGAGCAGAUUCUAGAGAAGACCAUGAGACUUGAGCAACGAGACUGGAGUGAAUCCCCUGUCAAAGUUUGGGUUAAUACUUUUAAAGUCUUCCUGGAUGAAUAUGUGACUGAAUUCAAGCUUUUGGAUUGUAUUACAACAAAGGUACCAAAAACAGAAAGAAAGAAAAGAAGGAAAAAAGAAACUGAUUUUGUGGAAGAACAUAAUGGGCACAUUUUUAAAGCCACCCAGUAUAGUAUCCCUACCUACUGUGAGUACUGUUCUUCCCUCAUAUGGAUAAUGGACAGAGCUUCUGUUUGCAAAUUAUGCAAGUAUGCUUGCCAUAAGAAGUGCUGUUUGAAAACGACAGCCAAGUGCUCUAAAAAGUAUGAUCCAGAACUUUCAUCUCGGCAGUUUGGGGUUGAACUAUCCCGAUUAACCAGUGAAGAAAGAACCGUUCCACUAGUGGUAGAGAAGCUUAUAAACUAUAUUGAAAUGCAUGGACUUUACACAGAGGGUAUUUACCGAAAAUCUGGCUUAACUAAUAAAGUUAAGGAACUUCGUCAAGGUCUAGAUACCGAUAUUGAUAGUGUGAAUCUAGAUGACUACAAUAUUCAUGUCAUUGCCAGUGUGUUCAAACAGUGGCUUCGAGAAUUGCCUAAUCCUCUCAUGACUUUUGAACUCUAUGAGGAAUUUUUGAGAGCUAUGGGUCUUCAAGAGAGAAAAGAGACUAUCCAUGGUGUGUAUUCUGUGAUUGAUCAGCUCUCCCGAACACAUCUUAACACUCUUGAACGCCUAAUCUUUCAUCUGGUCAGGAUUGCACUUCAAGAAGACACCAACCGCAUGUCUGCUAAUGCCUUAGCCAUUGUGUUUGCUCCUUGUAUUCUCCGUUGCCCAGACACAACUGAUCCACUGCAGAGUGUGCAGGAUAUCAGCAAAACAACCACCUGUGUGGAGCUAAUUAUUGUGGAACAGAUGAAUAAAUAUAAGGCCCGUCUCAAAGACAUCAACAGCUUGGAGUUUGCUGAGAACAAGGCCAAGACCAGGCUGUCCCUGAUCCGACGAUCAAUGAAACCUGUACUCAUUGCAGUUAGAUUUAUGAGCAUAACCCGCAAUCCAAUCCCGGGCAAAGGGCGUAUUCGUAAGGGAAACUACCCAAGCCCAUCAUCUCCAGUUGCAGUCCGACUGCCCUCCAUGUCUGAAGUCCCAGAAGAACCUGUGACUAAUGAGGAGGCAAUAGAGAUGGAUGUCACAGAGCAACAGCAGGCAGCCAUGCAGCAGGAAGAGAGAGUGUUGACUGAGCAGAUUGAGAACUUGCAGAAAGAAAAGGAAGAAUUAACAUUUGAGAUGCUUGCCUUGGAGCCCCGGGCUUCCGAUGAUGAAACACUGGAGUCUGAAGCCUCUAUUGGGACUGCUGAUAGCUCCGAGAAUUUGAACUUUGAUUCGGAAGGAGCUUUCUCUGAUAAAACAGAGAGAAGUUUAGCACUUAGCUCUCUGAAAUCUUCCAAGACUGAAUCAUCAACAAAGUUGCGAAGGCAGUUGAAAAAACAACAAGAAUCUCUAGAUUCAACGGAUUCUGCUGCCUCUUCCCUGUCUUCAUACAAUACAGUCUUUUCUCAUGGGACCAGAAAGCGGUUUCAGAUCCAUUCCAAAUCACCCUUCUACCGAGCUGCUUCAGUUGGCGAGACCACCGAGUCCCGUCUAUCAGUGGAAGGUUCCCUGUGCCAGGCCAGGAUCCUGGAAGACAGGCCUCAGUUUAUUAGCAGAGGCACAUUCAACUCUGCAAAGGGCAAACAAAAACUCAAGAAUGUGAAAAACUCACCCCAAAAAACCAAAGACCUUCCUGAGGGGACAUUAGGGGCAAAUCCCAAGAGAAAUGUGGACCCUGACUGUGGCGCUCCCCAGCAGCAGAUUGUUUAUGGGAACAACGAAUACAUGGUCUAAUCUGGCUGGCACAGGUCCCCUUGUCGCGAGGUUUUUCCCAUCACUAAGCUCUCCUGGAGCCGUCCGUCACAGGCAGCAGCAGCCAGCAGCCAGCAGCCAGCCUGCCUCCUGCCUGAGCAUUGCCUCUUGCUGGGAGAGUGGGAUGGAGAAGCCAGACGGACUUAGCUGUUUUUAGUUUGGGGAGAACCCAAGGACCUACCAGGAUUGGUUUUUUUGAACUGAGGUCCAAAAAACUGCGGGAAAGCUUGACCAGUUACUACCCCUGCGGUGCUUUGUCCUUGCCUCUUCUCCAUUCCUCAUUCAGCUUCCACUGUCUGAGGUGGCCCGGGAGGCAAAGAUCACAAAGGCAGGAAACGUGGUGUUGUGAGCCUGUUGGACCUUUAAGAAACAGGUUCAUUCUUCUUGACCCUAAAGGCAAAGGCUGUAGACUUUGGUUAUUUGGGGGUUACUUAGAAGCUGCAACUGAUUUAAACUUUUCCAAGAACUUAAAACAAAAAAAUGGAGCCCUUCACUCCACACUAUUUAUAAUGCACUCCACAUUGUUGUCAAGUGAAAAUUAAAAAGCUCUUGUUUCCAUUAAGCAA